CCCACAAACUGCCUGCCUGCUGUCCACAAACUGCCUGCCUGCUGCCUCCGUCUUUCUGUUUCUCUGUGCGUCUCGGAGAAGGGAGAACCUCCCUCCCACUCGCCUCGCAGAUCCGCGGCGGCCUGCUUCGCUGCUGCCUUGCCUGCAAGCGUCAGCGGCAGGGGCGGCCCUUCUCCCGUGACCCACUUCGGUGCCAGCGGCUGCUCCCGUGGGUGCCGCCGCCUCGUCUCCCUCCUCCUUCCAGAUCCAUCCCCGUGCCCCGCGGCAGGGACCAGAUCCACCACCGCGCCACGAGCUCCGGCAGGCGGCAUCCGCUCGCCGCGGACGUCCCAGGAGUCCCGUUUGCCAGCGACGCCUGCACGCGCGCGGGCGCGCUACGAGCUCUCCGCCACCUGCCGGACGGCGUGAAUCAGCGACUUGACAGCAAAAGGACCCUUUCAAUCAAAGAGAAGUUUGUCACUGAGGCUGAAGAAAAUCUGGAUGUGUUUAACUUUUAGGGCUUACUAUUUUUGAGAGGUGGUCUGACAUAGACUAUCCAAAAUUCAGCGCCAGGGCUCAGGGGGCGACCUACCCCAAGUUGGGGAGUUCGUUCCUUUUCCAGUGACAAGGAGGGCAAACUCAUAUUCCAUCAUGAUGGAAGCGGACAUGGAAAAUGGAAGGUCGUAUCAAGAAAGACCAAGGACCUUUUCAACAGUACGAAGCAAAUCAUCUGUACCAGUGGCCUUCCGUUUGUUGAUGAGGAUAAAUCCCCGUGCCUUGAUUAUUCUCUCUCUUUUGGUCUUCAGUGGUGUUCUAUAUGUGGGAGCCAGUACAUCACCAAUUGUGGUCUUUGUGUUCUGUAUAUGUACUCUCAGUCUAUUCUUCUCUCUAUACCUUACAAAGUGGGUUCUUGCUAAGGACGAAGGACCUCCAGAAAUGUCCGAGAUAUCUGAUGCCAUAAGAGAUGGCGCUGAAGGAUUUUUUAGGACACAAUAUGGAACAAUUUCUAAAAUGGCAUUUAUUCUGGCCUUUGUCAUCCUUGGCAUUUAUCUCUUUCGCAGUACCACGCCGCAGCAGGAGGCGUCUGGCUUGGGAAGGGCAACACUAGCCUAUAUUACAGUUGCUUCUUUUCUCCUUGGAGCAUUAUGUUCUGGACUAGCUGGCUUUGUUGGAAUGUGGGUGUCUGUACGUGCAAAUGUACGAGUUUCAAGUGCUGCUCGGCGCUCUGCGAGGGAAGCAUUACAGAUUGCUGUCCGUGCUGGUGGUUUCUCAGCAAUUGUGGUCGUUUGCAUGGCUGUAUUUGGCGUGGCAAUACUGUACUCAACAUUUUAUGUUUGGCUUGGAGUAGAUUCACCUGGGUCAAUGAAGGUUACCGACUUGCCUCUUCUCCUUGUGGGAUAUGGUUUUGGUGCCUCUUUUGUUGCCCUUUUUGCUCAGUUGGGUGGUGGAAUAUACACCAAAGCUGCUGAUGUUGGAGCUGAUCUGGUUGGAAAAGUUGAGCAGGGAAUACCAGAAGAUGAUCCUCGUAACCCAGCUGUCAUUGCUGAUUUGGUUGGUGACAAUGUUGGAGAUUGUGCUGCCCGAGGCGCUGAUCUUUUUGAGAGCAUAGCAGCAGAAAUUAUCAGUGCAAUGAUACUUGGAGGAACGAUGGCACAGCGCUGUAAAAUUGAGGAUCCCUCUGGCUUUAUUUUGUUUCCUCUUGUUGUCCAUUCAUUUGAUUUGGUGGUGUCAUCAGUUGGAAUUCUCUCAAUCAGAGGAACACGUGACUCUGGACUCAUUUCCUCUAUCGAAGAUCCCAUGGCAAUUAUGCAAAAAGGCUACUCUGUUACUAUUGUGCUUGCUGUUCUUACGUUUGGAGUGUCUACUCGUUGGCUCCUGUACACGGAACAAGCACCUUCUGCAUGGCUAAAUUUUGCACUGUGUGGCUUGGUUGGGAUCAUCACAGCAUAUGCUUUUGUUUGGAUUUCGAAGUAUUACACGGAUUAUAAAUAUGAGCCAGUCCGCCUUUUAGCUCUUUCAAGUUCUACAGGACAUGGAACUAAUAUUAUUGCUGGAGUAAGUUUGGGACUGGAAUCAACAGCCCUACCAGUUCUAGUGAUAAGUGUUGCCAUUAUAUCAGCCUAUUGGCUGGGGCAGACUUCUGGCUUGGUGGACGAGUCUGGCAACCCAACUGGUGGUCUUUUUGGGACAGCUGUAGCAACAAUGGGGAUGCUUAGCACAGCAGGGUAUGUUCUCACUAUGGACAUGUUUGGUCCUAUAGCUGACAACGCCGGUGGUAUUGUUGAGAUGAGCCAGCAGCCUGAAAGUGUGAGGGAAAUCACAGAUGUUCUGGAUGCUGUGGGCAACACAACUAAAGCUACUACAAAAGGAUUUGCCAUAGGGUCAGCAGCACUGGCUUCCUUCCUCCUGUUCAGUGCAUACAUGGAUGAAGUAGCUUCUUUUGCUCAAUUGCCAUUCAAGGAGGUUGACAUAGCAGUCCCAGAGAUCUUCGUUGGUGGUUUAUUAGGCUCAAUGCUUAUAUUCCUGUUCAGUGCAUGGGCUUGCUCAGCAGUUGGCAAAACUGCACAGGAAGUUGUUAAUGAGGUCAGGAGACAAUUUAUUGAGAGGCCUGGUAUUAUGGACUACAAAGAGAAGCCUGAUUAUGGACGCUGUGUUGCAAUUGUGGCAUCUGCAUCGUUGAGAGAAAUGAUAAAACCUGGGGCUUUAGCAAUCAUAUCACCCAUGGCUGUUGGGGUUGUCUUCCGGAUUUUGGGCCACUACACUGCUCAGCCUCUUCUUGGAGCUAAAGUUGUAGCCUCCAUGCUUAUGUUUGCAACAGUUGCUGGGAUUCUCAUGGCACUCUUCUUGAACACUGCUGGUGGCGCCUGGGAUAAUGCAAAGAAGUACAUUGAGACUGGCGCUCUUGGUGGCAAAGGCAGCGAGUCCCAUAAGGCUGCAGUUACUGGUGACACGGUUGGAGACCCAUUCAAAGACACCGCGGGUCCAUCGCUGCACGUUCUUAUCAAGAUGCUUGCCACAAUCACAUUGGUCAUGGCUCCGAUAUUCUUGUGAUUAACCAACCACUCAAUCAAGCUUUGCCAUUAACCCUGCGGAGAUGUAUCUAUGCGACUUAUAGAUGAGGUGUUCACCUGCUUGUGAUGUAAUGAUCCACUCGGUUUUAGUAUCAAUCACUACAUGUUGUACCCAGAGAAAGAAGCAGCGAUUUAUACCCGUGUUUCACGGUAGAUAUAAUUAUACUGAUGAUGGAAAUGCCAUAUUUUGUGACGAACAUUACUGAACUAGUAGCCUGAAUUUUUGUGUUUGUUUAUUGCUGGAACAUUAUGGUAGAUUGGUAGCGUACUUGUAUACGCUAGCUGGAAGUAAUAAACGUUCCACUAUACAGCUUA